AAUACAGCAAGGACAUUUCACUCCACAUGCUGAGUCCACAAGGGAUUCGUCUCCAACGUCUCCAAGAGAAGGUGCGCGUGUCCCAACUCAUAUUUUUAGCAGUAAAUUGCAGCUAUUCCGUGGAGAAACAGACUGAGCUUCUGGGAAGAAAAAACGCAUGCAGGGGGAGGAGGAAUAUCUAGUGACACCGUGAAAUUGCAUUGAACAUGCCAUUCUCUGCUCGGAGGACGUUCAUGCUCCCCAAACUCUCAUCUGCUCGCUGGGUGGAUGCCGCCGCUGACACAGAAGUUUGACGCAGAAAGCUCACAAGUGAAAAGAGUCUCCAGCAGCUUUCGUUUCACGGAGAAAAUAACGGCCUUAUUUUGACCUGUCGUCAUCGCACCAUCAUUUUUAUGACAGCGGUCUCACGAAAAUUCGGAUAUAUGAUGCGCUAUUAAUUUUCUUUUGAGGAAAACUAACUUGAGAAACAGCGCUUGACCAAAAGAGGUCAACAAAUAAGGAGUACCUUUUUUGCUCCGGAUAAAGACUUCUAAAAUGCACUUAUUUGGAAUAUCUGUUUUCCUUGCCAAUUCAGCGAUUCUCUACGCAAAUCUAGCUAGUGAAUCGAGUCAUGAAUUCAAUCACGAUUAUUAUGAUUAUGAUCAGGAUCAAGGGGAUGCACGGGAGCCGUCGGAGCCAGACCUUGAGCAGCAGCUGCGCUCCGUGGCCAGUGUUGAGGAACUGAUGAGGAUAGUGUACCCUAACUACUACAGCGUGCUCAGUUGCCGGUCGAAGCGGGGCGCACGCUUCCCCCUGAGAGGGGAACACACAGCCACAGAAACGCGGUCAAGCGGCGAACUGCCGGCGUUCGCUUCCUUGAACCCUGACACACUGAAAAGUAUUGUGUCAGAGUGGAAAAAGACCCAGUGCAUGCCACGAGAAGUUUGUUUAGAUGUGGGGAAAGAGUUUGGGGCGGCUACAAACACCUUCUAUAAACCACCCUGCGUGUCUGUCUACAGAUGUGGGGGCUGCUGCAACAGCGAGGCGCUGCAGUGUAUGAACAUCAGCACCUCCUACAUCAGCAAGACGCCCAGUGCGUCCCGUGUCUGCUCCCCGCAUGUGCCGGGCCAAACCUCCAGUGAGGAGUCAUGGCACGAAUCCUCCAACGAAGGUCUCCAGUCCGGAGCCUCCAGCGACGUUCUCCUAUCUGGAGCCUCCAGCGACAUUCUCCACGACGGCCUCCAGUCCGGAGUCUCCAGCGACGGCCUCCUAUCUGGAGUCUCCAGCGAUGACCUCCUGUCCGGAGUCUCCAGCUACGGCCUCCAGUCCGGGGCCCGCAGCGAGGGUGCCCAGUCCGGGGACCGCUACGAGAGUCCCCGCACCAGAGGUGCCACCAAAGUGGGAGGAUUGGCUGGCUGCUCGGUGGAUCUGAAUCACGGAAUCAGGAAGGAACUCAUGAGCUCGCCUGUGUUGCUGCUCUGGGACCUACUGAUCCCGACUAAAGGGUUCUAG